AUGCUUUUACUGCUUUGUAUUUUAUCAAAACAAUCGGAGAGAGGCUCAUUAGAAAAGAAAAUGCCAAUUAAUACACUAGAAAUAGAGUCAAAUGGGGAUGGAAAUUACGUUUUAAAGAAUCCUCUCGAUUCCAGUGAGAAUUUCAUUGAUAAUAAAAAUAUAAUUAAUGUAAGAACAGAAGGAAUAUCUUCAACACCUAGCAAAUACUUCAUGUCAAGCUCUAUUCGAUAUUUUCAUUCUGACGCAACACUAGUAACGAUAGAAGAAAGAGCUUUUGAAAAUUGCAUUGAGUUAUGUGAAGUAACAAUUGGAUCAGUGACAUCAAUAGGUGGAAGCGCAUUUUUAAACUGCCAAAGUUUACAACAUAUAACACUCGAUUACGACUGCACCAUUGGACUUUCAUCAUUCACGAAUUGCAUAAAUUUGAUUAGCUUUUCUUGUCAAAAUAUUAAUAUACAAGCAUUAUCAUUUUUUAAUUGUUAUUCACUUCAAACUUUCGAUUUUACAAAAAUUAAUGGGAAUAUUUAUGAAUCAUCUUUUGCAAAUUGUACAAGCAUAACAGAAGUCGAGACAAAAGCUACUACAAUUCGCACAAAAGCAUUUCAAAAUUGCAUCUCUUUAACAAAGUUUUCCGCAACUUCUGAUCAAAUAACUAUUAAUAAUGAAGCAUUUUCCAAUUGUUCAUUAGUAUCUUUCAAUGCAAAAUCAGCAACUUUGGGACAGAACUGCUUUUCUUAUAACAAUUUCAUAACAAUCAAUACAACAAAUUGGACUUUUAAUUUAUAUACAAGUGGCGUAUUUUCAUAUUGUGAAAACCUUGAAACGGCUUAUAUUAAUCACAACACCAUUCCAUAUAACUUCUUUUCUGGAUGUAUUACGCUUAGACAAGUGACUCUUGCAAAACCAAAUACUUAUAUUUAUAAUGAUGCUUUCAAUAGCUGUAUUAAACUUAAUGAAAUUAUCAAUAUCAAUUAUAUUGCAUAUUUAUAUGCCAAAGCAUUUUACAACUGCACUUCAUUAACUGAAUUUUCUUUUAAUGAAGCUAUUACGAGAAUUCCAUCACAUGCUUUUACCAACCGUGAAAACCUUCAAACAGUUAAUAUGGUGAAUACGAUUACGACAAUAGAAGAAUUUGCUUUUGCAAAUUGUUUUUCAAUUCAAACUUUUUCAUUUGCAAAUUCUGUGGAAGCAAUUGAACAGAAUGCUUUCGAAAAUUGCACAAAUCUUCAAUCUAUUACUUUAUCAAACGCACUCACUUCAAUUGGCAAAUCUGUAUUCGCAAAUUGUAAAAUUUUGAGUUCAAUAAAUCUACCAUCAUCUAUAACUAAAAUUUCAUCCAAACAAUUUUUAAAUUGUUCUGCCUUGAUAAAUAUUCCUUUUAUUCAAAACAUACAAAUUUUGGAAGAAGAAGCAUUUGCAAAUUGCAUUUCAUUAACUUCAAUUAUAUUUCCUGCCCAAAUUAAUUCCAUUCCAAAUAAAUGUUUUUCAGGCUGUUCUUUAUUAGAAAAAAUCAUUUUUGAAGCAAACAAUGUCACGAUUAAUUCCGAAGCAUUUUAUCAAUGCACUUCUUUGAAGAUAUUACAAUUCCCAA